AUGGACACUUCGAAGGCAAAAUAUUCCGGAAGUAAAAUAGUCCCCUAUUCGGAUUUCCGGGUGGGGACUGCACAAGAAGAUCUUAUCAUGAAAUCGAAAAUAAAAACAAAAAGAAUAGGUACUUGGAAUGUGAAUACUUUAUUACAAGCCGACAAAAUUGAAAACUUGAAAAUAGAAAUUAGAAGAAUAAAGCUGGAUAUUUUGGGAAUAUCCGAGAUGAGAUGGAGAGAAACAGGUUACUUUUGGAGUGAUGAAUACAGAGUAAUAUACUCAGAAACAGAAGAAGGUGAGCGCACUGGACAGAAAGGAGUAGGCAUAAUACUUGAAAAAGCAUUGGGAUUAAGACUUCUAGGAUAUGUACAACACAGCGAUAGAAUCAUUAUUAUUAAGAUAAAUACUAAACCAAACAACACUGUAAUAAUCCAAAUCUACAUGCCAACAACAAAUGCUGAUGACGAUGAGAUCGAAAAAUAUAUGAAGACAUUAACAAAUUAAUAGACUAGACGAAGGCUGAAGAUAAUGUGAUUGUGAUGGGAGAUAUGAAUGCGACAGUGGGAGAAGGAAAAGAGUUAGCCAUCGUGGGACAGUUUGGACUUGGUACAAGAAAUGAUAGAGGCAGAAUACUAAUAGAAUUUUGCACAAGAAAUGAUCUCAUUAUAACAAAUACACACUUCCAACAACACAAAAGACGGAAAGCACGGAAAGCACCGGGAGAUAUAAGAAAGGCACAAAUAGACUACAUAAUGGUGAAAAAUAGAUUUAAGAACCAAGUCAAGAACAGCAAAAGCUACCCAGGAGCAGACAUUGGAAGUGACCAUAACCUAGUGGUGGCGAAGUGUGAAUCAAAAUUCAAAAAACUAGAAAAGAAGAAUGCUAACGUGGAGUGUGGUAUUAUAUGGUAG